CUUCUAAUUAUUACUUCAAAAUUCGAUCUCAAUUUAGAAACGUAAGUUUAUUAAAUUCGACGGCUUGAAAAAAGAAUAUCCUUGUUACAAGCUUUGUCCUAUCAUUAAUGUGUCAUUCAGAGAACCGUGUCUGCAUCAAACCAAAAUUCGGACUUUUUUAGUAAAAAAAAAAAAAAAAAACCCCUCCAUGUGAAAACUCCACUUUUAUCAUCAUCCUUAUAUAUAAGUCUCUGCAUUCCACUUUCAGCGCUCAAGUGCCGUCGUGCUCUUGGAGACUCUUGUUCUUUCGGAUAUCUUUCUCCUCUCAGGGGAAAAAGGUUGGCCAGAUCGGUGAAAAAGUUGGUUGCAGAAGAUGCGGUGCCUCCCCUCCUGCUUCAAACCCUCUACUUCUGAGGAUCGUUUUGAAGAUGAAAUUUAUGAGGUCAUACAAGUUUCAGUGCAUGAAGCUGACAUCCAAAGAGCUAAACAGCUUUCUUUGGUCGUUCAUGAAGAGGAACAAUUUAAUUUGGCCAUUCAGGAAUCAUCCCGUUUUCGUCAGCAAGAGGAGGAAGAAGAAAGUAGGCGCACCAGAGAGUUAGAAAGGGAUGCGCAGGUAGCAAAUGGUCUUCUAUAUGAGGAAAGAGAAAGGCAGAUCAAUAACAAUACUGCGUUGGGAGAUGAAGAGGACGAGCAGCUUCCUAAGACUGUUCUGGAGAGUUUAAAAGACAUAGGCAAAAGAAAGAAAUUUGAAGAUGAUCAAGUGGAGAAUGAUAAACAGCAUGCUCUUAUGGUUCAGGAGAGUCUGAACAUGGCAGAGUAUCCCACUCGAAUUGAAGAUAAUAAAAGUAUUCCUCGUAGAGCUCCGCAACAUGUAGAUAAGCAGCUUACUAAGGCUGUUAAGGAGAGUUCAAAGGACAAAGGCAAAAGAAAGCAAUUCGAAGAUGAUCAAGUGGAGAAUGAUAAACAGCAUGCUCUGAUGGUUCAGGAGAGCCUAAACAUGGUAGAGUCUCCUCCUCGAGUUGAAGAAAAUAACAUCAUUUCCACUAGAGGUCCUGUGGAUGAAGAUGUUCAGCGGAUUAUUUGGGACAGUUUGAAGGAGAAUGGUCCAAGAGAGCAACUCAACAAUGACGUGGAAGAAGAUGGAAAUCCCCCAAAGCUGGAAGAAGAUGUAAAGCUCCCAAAGGUGAAUCGUCCUAGUAGCAUGUGUGGUGGUUGCGACCUUGUGAUCGAACAUGGAAGAUCUGUGAAUGUCUUGGGUGCUCUUUGGCAUCCUGAAUGUUUAAUUUGCCAUGCUUGCGACAAACCAAUUGCCAUCCAGGAGGUUAAAAACUAUGUUUCUAACUCAAGAGGCACUUUUCACAAAUCCUGUUAUGAGCGGUACUGCUAUAUCUGCAAAGGGAAGGUUAGAGAGUUUGGUAAACAUCCGUUCUGGAAGGAAUUAUACUGCCUUGCUCAUGAAACUGAUGGAACUCCCAAAUGUUGCAGUUGCGAAAGGUUAGAGCCUAUGGGAAUGAACUAUGUAGCACUUGGUGAUAGUCGUCUUCUAUGCCUAGAAUGCAUGGAUUCUUCCGUUAUGGAUUCGGAUGAAUGCCAGCCUUUACACUUUGACAUGCGUGAUUUCUUCGAAGGCUUAAACAUGAAGAUUGACAAAGUGUUUCCUUUUCUUUUGGUGGAGAAACAAGCUCUGAAUAAAGCUGAGAAAGAAGAGAAAAUUGACUAUCAGUAUGAGGUGGUAAUCAGAGGAAUAUGCCUGUCUGAAGAGCAGAUUGUCGAUAGUGUCUCACAAGGGCCAACCAGGGGGCUGGACAACAAGCUAACAGGCAUGGCUACAGAACCUCAAAGGGUAGUUCGUGAGUGCGAGGUCACUGCGAUUCUCAUCCUAUAUGGACUUCCUAGGUUACUAACAGGAUACAUCUUGGCUCACGAGAUGAUGCAUGCUUAUCUUAGACUCAAUGGACACAAGAAUCUGAACAAUGUUUUGGAAGAAGGAAUAUGCCAAGUGUUAGGCCACAUGUGGUUGGAGUCUGAGAGAUACGCCUCUAGUGUUGAUGCUAGUGCAGCUGCAGCUUCUUCUUCUUCUUCUUCCCGCGCUCCUCCAGCUAGUGCGUCAAAGAAAGGCGAGUGGUCUGAUUUCGAGAAGAAGCUGGUGGAGUUUUGCAAACAUCAGAUAGAGACAGAUGAAUCACCAGUGUACGGUGACGGGUUCAGGAAGGUUAACGAGAUGGUGGCAAAUUCCAACCUCCCGGAUACCCUCAAAGAGAUUCUUCGCCGGAGAUAAAAAGCCAAUUUACCCACACGUCGACAUAUGAUCCGUAUUCAUAGUUACAUACCGUAUACACAUAUACAUAUCCACACAGACUCACGUUUUUGCAAACUUGCCAUCGCUUUAAAAACUGUUUCUUUCUUCUUCCUUUUCCGGUAAAGUUGGAACCUUUUGAUUCAAUUCUUGCGGUGGAUUUUAUUCCCCUCCCGCUUAUUAAACUAAAGGAACCGUUUUUUCAA